GUGGCCUUUAUGGGAACGUUUUCCUCCAAGGUCGGACAAAGGCGGCGACAGCAUGGCCCGCAGCGCGGCCGACAAAGUCUCCGGGACCGAGGGUCUGGAAUCCCUUGACACCUAUAUCCAGAACACACUGUCUGCCCUCUACCCACCUUUUGAGGCCACGGCAGCCACGGUUCUCUGGCAGCUGUUCAGCGUGGCGGAGAGCCUCCACGGUGGGGAUGGGCUGCGCUGCCUCACUGACUUCCUCAUCCCAGCCAAGAGGGCUCUACAGCGCCUGCAGCAGGAAGCCUGUGCCAGGUACACGGGCCUCAUCUUCGCGCACGAAGGCUGGCCGCUGUGCGUCCGUGAGAAGGUGGUGGUGCAGCUCGCGUCCCUCCACGGGGUCCGGCUCAGGCCUGGGGACUUCUACCUGCAGGUCACAUCAGGGCGGAAGCGGUCAGCCAGACUGGUUUUAAAAUGCCUCUCCCAGCUUGGACGGGGCUCAGAGGAAGUCACUGUCCCGGAGGCCAUGUACGGCUGCGUCUUCACGGGAGAGUUCCUGGAAUGGCUGAACGGGGAGCGGACCAGUGUCCCCUUACGAAACUGCCUGCUGACCUCAGGCUCCGCCGUCUUCCGCACCCCAUGGAGCAGUGUCACAGACCCCAUCUUUGUACCUACAUUCAGAACUGUCCCGCCCCACUGCAGCUGUCCUGGGCCUGGGUGGCCGCCCCCACAAAGCACCUCCAUGGCUCUGGCCCCGGCGUCAGCGGUGGCCAACACCCGUCCCCGGGAGGCCACCCCUCCCAGUAGCACCGCAGCCCUGCCCCACUGCCAAAGGCACCCUGGCAGUGACCAGCCCAGCCUCCAACAUUCUCCAGGCAGAGCCGGGUGUGAAGGCCCUCGGAGCCCGUGCGGGAGCUCCAGCGGAGGCCUCGCAGGGGUUGGGCCCUCAGAGCUGGGCCCACGGGAAGGACCAAGCAGGAGCCUGGACGCCACAGACAAAAGGGACAGCCCCCAGUCCCUCACUGUCUGUGAGGACAUGGGCAGCCCAAGCUCCAGAAGGCAGUUGCCCAGGGACCCAGCCAGCGUGGAGAGCAAACGUUGGUUCAGAACGUCCUACAUGGAGGCGCUGCGGAACCCCAUGCCCCUGGGUUCCAGUUCUGAAGAGUCCCUUGGAGACGAGGCCUGCAGCUCCCAGACCAUGGGGGCCAGGACAGCAGCCAGCCCAGCCCCAAAGGAAACACCCAGCCCCUGGGGAGACUCCAUGGGGAUCCCAAGUCAGGAAAAACGUCCCGGAGCCACAAGGAGCACCCUUCCCCGGAGGUCUCGGUCCUGGGACAGGGCCCUCAGGAGCCGGCGAGGCGACACCCGGCAGGCCGCUCCCCACUCGGCCGGCAGCCGGCUGGGAGAUCUCCCAGGGGGACAGGCUGAGGAGACCAGAAGCGCACGCUCCGGCCGCUCACCCCGCUCCGGGGCCCAGAGUCCAGGUCUUGCUGGUGCCGACGCAGACAGCGGCCCCUUCCGUCGGCCCAGUCCUGGCUGGAUUCCAGAUGUGCCUGAGCCGCUGCGCCCCGAGGGAGGAGGACAGCCACCCAGCACGGGAGACGUGCCCAGCCAGAUGCCCAGGCAGGUGCUGGAGGUCAGCCGGGAGCUCCUGCAUUCGGGGCUCCUCGCCCUCCCCGGGACCCGAGACCACCAAGGGAGGGCCGUGGUGCAGGUCUGCACGAGGGGCCCGCUCUGGUCCAGCAGACACGCCUCCAGCGCCGAGCUGACCCGCCUGCUGCUGUACUUCCACGGCAUCCCCAGGAAGGAGGUGCGGGAGCUGGGGCUGGUCGUCGUGGUGGACGCUCGCGAGGGUCCAGCUGCCCCUGCCCUCUUCCAGGCGCUGGCAGCGCUGCAGAACACACCUCCUCCCAUAAUUCAUACUGUUGUGCUGUUGGUGAAUAAAGAAUCGGGAUUUAGCCCUGACAAGGAUGGAACAGUUCAGUGUGAGGUAGUGGGCUCCCUGAAGGCCUUGCACAAGCUGGUUGACAGCUCGCAGCUGACCGCAGACCUUGAUGGCUCCUUUCCCUACAGCCACAGUGCCUGGAUCUGCUUCCGUAGGAAGCUGGAGCCCUUCACCACAAAUUGCGAGGAUGCCAUUGUUUUCCUACAGAAUUCGGUCCUCUCCCUGAAUACCCCCCGGACCCUGAGCACAGCACAGGAGGUCACAGACCUAAUUGGCAAGCACAAAGCAAUGAUGAAGUGUGUGCUAGAAGAUGCCCUCCUGGUGGCCCUCCGACUGGAGGGUGGCGCCGUGCUGGCGCGGCUGAGGACGGAGCAGCUGGGCACCAGCCAAGACUGCCGGGACGCCAUCGAGGCUGCCUUCAGGCUGUACAACCAAGUGGACGAAGAAGUACAUCGGCUUGUCCUCGCCUCCAACCGGUGUCUGCAGGAGCUGGAGAGGCUGCAGGGAGUGAGGGCGCUCCAGGAGCCACAAGGCCAGGUGGAUGGGUGGAGGCAGCAGAGCCAUGAGCGCCUGGAGCUCCGGGGCCCAGAGCCGGGCACAGAAUGUGUGCAGAGCUGUCCCCAGGAGGCUGCAGAGCUGACGGUGCAGAGCUUCGCCGAGGCCAGCACGGCGGCAGUGGCCCUGGGUGGCCCACGGGUGCUGCGGCAGACCCAACCCCACUUCCAAGAGGCCCUGUCUGGGGUUGGCCCAGACCCUGGCACUCCGCCUCUAGACCAGAGAGCCCUGGAGCCUGAGCUGGCCCCAGGAACCGAGAGGAGGCACCGUGAGUUGUCCUGGGCCCCACCCACUGACCCGGAGGGUCGCACUGGGAAGCAGGCCCAGCUGCUACCUGGCCUCCCUAGACGAGCCCCUCCAUGCAGGCAGGAGACCGAGCCCCUGGCCCCAGCUGUGCCUUCCCCACAGGACAGCACCCCCUGCUCCUCCGAGCGCAUCCAGACACCCACCACCCACCCCAGGAAACAGCCCCUGAAGAAAAUGAUGAGGAAAACACGAAGCUGUGAGAUCGCACAGCUUGACAGUGGGCCCAGGGACGCCCCCUGGCCAGGCCACACCGGGGUCUUCAUCAGGGGCCUAGAGGUGACCAGCACCGUGGCCUCUGAGAAGAAGCCCCCACCGAGGCCACAUGCUGAGAGCCCCCUGGUCACUCGGAACCAGAGUCUGUCCUCUCCCUCCGGGACCCACCCCUCCGAGGAGGACGGAAGGAGGCGAGCAGGAAGCAGCCGCCGGCAGCACAUACUGGCCGAGAUGCUCUCCACGGAGAGGGAGUACGUUAGGUCCCUAGGGUACGUCAUCGACAACUACUUUCCAGAAAUGGAAAGAACAGACCUGCCCCAGGCCCUUCGAGGGAAGCGCAGCGUUGUUUUUGGGAACCUGGAGAAGCUCUAUGACUUCCACGGCCAGCGUUUCCUGGCAGAGCUGGAGCACUGCCAGCCCUGCCCACUGGCAGCGGGCCGCGGGUUCCUGAGACACGAGGAAGAGUUCGGCAUGUACGCGCUGUACAGCAAGAACAAGCCCCAGUCGGACGCCCUGCUCUGCAGCCACGGCAACGCCUUCUUCAAGGACAAGCAGCAGCAGCUGGGUGACAAGAUGGACUUGGCCUCCUACUUGCUAAAGCCCGUGCAGCGUAUGGGCAAGUACUUGCUGCUGCUGCAGGACCUGGUACGGGAGGCUGGCAGCUGCCCCGCCGGGGAGCAGGAGCUGCACGAGCUCCAGGCUGCCGCAGACAUGGUCCGUUUCCAGCUGCGUCACGGCAACGACCUGCUGGCCAUGGACGCCGUCCGAGGCUGUGACGUGAGUCUGAAGGAGCAGGGGCCGCUGAGAUGCCAGGACGAGUUCAUCGUGUGCUGCGGGAGGAGGAAGCACCUGAGGCACGUGUUCCUCUUCGAAGACCUCAUCCUGUUUAGCAAGACCAGGAAGGUGGAAGGGGGUUAUGACACCUACACGUACAAGCAGUCCUUCAAGACGGCGGAGAUUGGGUUGACGGAGAACGUUGGAGACAGCGGCUUGAGGUUUGAGAUCUGGUUCCGCAGGCGGCGAAAGUCCCAAGACACCUACAUUCUCCAGGCCAGCUCUGCAGAGGUCAAGUCGGCCUGGACCCACGUGAUAGGGCAGAUCCUGUGGCGGCAGGCUCUGCGGAACAGAGAACUCAGAAUGCAAGAAAUGGUGUCCAUGGGGUUAGGCAACAAGCCGUUCAUGGACAUCCAGCCCAGCGAUGCGGCCAUAAGCGACCGUUCUGUCAAGAAGGGAGCAGAGUUACGGACCCGAGCAUCCGUGGUUGUGCCCCUCUGUGACCAUGCCGCCCCUUUUAAGAGACCACACUCCACCAUCUCAGACAGCAGUACCUCCUCCUCGGGCAGCUGGUCAUCCUCGGCCCUGGGGCCACUGAGCCCAGCCCUGCUGAGCUCCACCCACUGCCCCUGGCCGGCUGACUUGCAGGCCUGCUUCCAGGAGGAGGAGGAGCUGGAACAGGAGCCCUGCAGCCUGCCUUCCCUGCUGACCGAGGGCACGUCAUCAGGGGACAGUGGCCUUGGGCUCCCAGAGCUGUUCUCUGAGGAGGGCCCCAGGAGGGGCGCACAGGUGCCCACGCUCAGCCAGCACACCACAAUGCUCUGACAUGUGGAGAAGAGGCUCAGCCCCUCCAGGGAGAAUCUCCAGCACAGGGACCACAGGAGCCUCCACCCGGACCUGUGCCCAAGGUCUGGAAAGGAUGCACUCCCGCUGGGGGCUCCUGAUGUACCCCCCACUCCAGCCGCCGGCCACGCAGGCAGCGCGCCACGGGCCCCGCAGGCCUGGGCGCCACCUAGCC